CCGCGCUGUGGAAGCUCAAAGCUGUCCUUCUUCCCAUCAACAACAAAGUGCUAUCAUAUUCUUGUUUCCUAGAGUCUAUCAUUCAUCCGUCUACACGAACAAGCAGACAACCACACCGCUUCCUAAAAGCAAUGCCUCCCACCGUCAUCCUGAUCAGACAUGGCCAAGCACUGCACAACGUCAAUCAAGAAUAUGACAUCCCCGACCCGGAGCUUUCUGACUUGGGUCGGCAGCAAUGCCGCGCGCUCGAGCAGCACCUUCGCCAGCAUCUGCCGCUCGCCGACAAGGUCGAGCGCAUAAUCACUAGCCCCAUGCAUCGUACCUUGGAGACCACCGUCCUUGGACUUGAUUGGCUCAUCAAAAGAGGUGUCCCGGUAGAAGCUGACGCUCUAUGGCAAGAAAACUCAGACAAACCCUGCGACACAGGCAGCCCCCUCGCAAACAUGAAACAAACAUUCCCAAACAACAUUGACUACAGCACCGUCGAUCCCCUCUGGCCCUCAAAAAUCGGUCCUUACGCCUUCACCCGCUCCGCAACCAUCGCUCGCGGUCAAUCCUGCCUCCGCAACCUGCACUCCCGCAAAGAAAAAGUCAUUGCUGUGGUCUCGCAUUCGGGAUUCUUGAGAUGUGCGAUUAGUCUUUGUAAGUAUGCUAAUGCUGACUAUCGCAUUUUUGACUUUGCGGAGACGAGCAAGGAGGGUGGAGAAUUGGAGCUGGUGGAGUGGAAGGAGACGGAGGAGAAUGGAGGUGGAUUGGGAGAGAGUGAGAAGGGGAGGGCGAAGGUGGAGGAGAGUGAUUUCCCGGCUGAAGAGCAGGUCGAAGAGGUCAAGGAGCAGCUGGGUGGAAAGACUAAUGACGAGGCUGCUAAGGAGAUCCCUGAGAAGAAGUAGAAGGUUGAUGAUCGUAUAGUAAACCAUUAGAGAGU